AUGGCCUCUUUGAACGCCCCGCGCCCGACCCUCGAGUCCCGUGGCUCUUACUGGGAGCGUCCAGGCGCGCAAGCCCGCCACGACACCAACAACCACUUCAUCGGCAUUGACGUUGGUACCGGCUCUGCCCGUGCUUGCAUUAUUGACGAGACGGGCGACAUCAAGUCGCUGGCCUCUGAGACCAUCAAGCUGUGGCAGCCCCAGACAGGCUACUACGAACAAUCAACUACUGACAUCUGGAACUGCAUCUGCAUCUGUGUCAAGCGCGUUGUUGAGGAGUCCGGCGUCGACGUCUCCAAGAUCAAGGGCAUUGGGUUCGACGCCACUUGCUCGCUGGCCGUCUUCAGUCACGACACGGACGAACCCAUUGCCGUCACCGGUCCUUCCUUCGACAAUGCCGACGGCGCCGAUCGCAACGUCGUCUUGUGGCUGGACCACCGACCCGUAGAGGAGACCGAAAAGAUCAAUGCCACUGAUCAUAACCUACUCAAGUACGUCGGCGGUCGCAUGAGCAUUGAGAUGGAAAUGCCCAAGAUCCUGUGGCUCAAGAACAACAUGCCCAAGGAGCUGUUUGACCGCUGCAAGUUCUACGACUUGACCGAUGCCCUGACCCAUCUCGCCACUGGCAACGAGACGCGGAGCUACUGCAGCACGGUCUGCAAGCAGGGAUUCGUGCCCAUCGGCGUUGACGGUAGCGAGAAGGGCUGGCAGGAGGAUUCCUGA